GAAGGUGGUGUCGGCUGGGGGUUGCUGGGGUUUGGGGCUCUGCAUUUGGUCCCCAGGGGAUGUGGAGAGCUGGCAGCAUGUCUGCAGAGCUGGGCGUCGGGGUCGCUCUGCGGGCAGUGAACGAGCGCGUGCAGCAGGCGGUGGCGCGGCGGCCGCGGGAUCUCCCAGCCAUCCAGCCCCGUCUAGUUGCAGUCAGCAAAACCAAGCCUGCAGACAUGGUGAUCGAGGCGUAUGGCCAUGGCCAGCGUACUUUCGGAGAGAACUAUGUUCAGGAACUGCUGGAAAAAGCAUCAAAUCCUAAAAUUCUGUCUUUGUGUCCUGAGAUCAAGUGGCACUUCAUUGGCCACCUACAGAAACAAAAUGUCAACAAAUUGAUGGCUGUCCCCAACCUCGCCAUGCUGGAAACAGUGGAUUCCAUGAAGUUGGCAGACAAAGUGAACAGUUCAUGGCAGAAAAAAGGUUCUCCUGAAAGAUUAAAGGUUAUGGUCCAGGUUAACACCAGUGGUGAGGAAAGUAAACAUGGCCUUAUGCCUUCAGAGACGUUAGCAGCAGUGGAACACAUAAAUGCCAAGUGCCCCAGCCUGGAAUUUGUGGGGCUGAUGACCAUAGGAAGCUUUGGGCACGACCUUAGUCAAGGACCAAAUCCGGACUUCCAGGUGUUAUUGUCUCUCCGGGAAGAGCUGUGUAAAAAGCUGAACAUCCCUGCCGACCAAGUUGAGCUGAGCAUGGGCAUGUCCAUGGACUUCCAGCAUGCAAUCGAAGUCGGAUCUACUAAUGUUCGAAUAGGAAGCACCAUUUUUGGAGAGCGAGAUUACUCAAAGAAACCUGGCCUGGACAAGUCCACAGCAGACCUGAAGGCUUCUGCAGAGGUGGCACAAGCACACUGAGCAGGAGCUCCCAGCUGGGCCCUGGCUGGGACUUCUAACUGUGCACUUCCCUGGGUUUUCAUUCUGACGUUCCCUAUGUUGCAGCACAACCACGCUCCCCUGUGACUUGGCGAGAGAGCAGUAAUGAUGUGUGCGUUGACACAGACCAUCUGGAUUAGUGUCUGGCAUAGGACUCUCACAUCUGGAUUUAAGAAAUCCAGACAUUUCUGUAGAACAGAUAUCAAGUCAGAAGCCCGGAAUUGACUUCAGUAUUGAAUGCAGCCUAGGAGCACCAAGCAAGCAACCCGUGAAUGCCUUGCCCAGGUUAAAAUUUGGUCACUGAGGCCUCUACUUACCAAAAUCAGAGUUCCCAUCUGUCAUCCACCUACUUAGAAUAUGCCCUGUGGUUGCCAGCUUCACACAAGCCCCUCCAAAACCAUCAUCUGUGCUGUUUUGGAAGGUGUUUCUGUUCCCAGUUUCUGUCCCACCCACUGAAUAUUUGUCUUACUCUGCAACAGCAGCACAGGUCACUUCAGGAGCUGAAGUUAACUCAAGUUAGUGCUCCAAAUCCAAAUUGUUAAUGAGAUGUUGUGUCAUUAGUCACCCUGUGGCACUGGCCCUGAAAAUUACAGGGGAAAAAUAAGUAGGACUUCGACCUCACUUGACAAGACUUGGAGCUGUUUUUUCUGUAGACCCUACAGUGAUCAGUAGUCAGUGAUGACAUUUCUCCUGCCAGUACUUUCUUUGUGGUGACUUCUCAUCAAGGAUGUAACUCCUCAGAAAUGGAAGAAUGAUUCAAAGCCAGUUCAGGCUUACAGUUUCAACAGAUCUGGUUUUGAGGUUUGUGUUCCCAAACCUGGGCACAUUAUUAGCCUUCCCCAACACCUCCACAAGCUGGAAUUUUGUAACUUCUUGAUACUUAAUAAACUAGCAAGAUCCUCGAAGGCCAGAAAGCACAAUUCUCAUAUAGUCACAGCAGAUUACUUCAGUCCAAGUGUUUAUUUUCUAGGUGGUUUUCCCUACUUAUUCAAGCCCCAGUCUUUAAUUAUAUGAAAUAACUUUGAACAUUAUGCUGCUGCUGAAUAUAAUUUUUUUUAAUUUAAACCAUUAUGAUUCCUGUACUGUUUGAAUCAGAGCUAUAGUUGUGAUAUUUCAGUGUCUAUUAAAUAAAAAUGUGAGUUUGAAUUAUACCAUCUGUGCCAAUUACAAAGCAAUUAA